AUGGAGCUCAUCAGUGAAGACCCGCUGUGUAAGUACGAGAAGCUCAGCGUCGAGGCCUGGUACAACUGCAACGAUACCAACAGCGGCAGCGACCCUUAA